CGCCCGUGCGAGCUCCGCCUGCCAUUCACUUUUACAACAUUCCCCGGAGGCCCCGCCUCCUCAGGCUCCCAUGGCAACCGAGUUCUGGCCGGUUAGGCAGGCUCCGCCUCCUCUGCGCUGGACGCAGCCUCCGGCCUGGACCUCCCAAGAUGCAGCGCGCAGGCGGGAGGUUUGGAGCUGCAGGACACUCUCUGCCUACUCAGUGGCAGUUUUCCUCAUUUCAUUUUUAGGUUUAAAAGCAUCAACUGGAAUUGACUUACUUUCCAAAACUGGACCAACACAAAUUGGACUUGAUACUGUAGAUUCACUGGCAAACAAGCAAUGUCAUCUAAUGAACAAGAAAGGUUCUGCUGUUAUAAUGGAGAAGUCCUUAUUUUUCAUUUGUCUGAAGGAAAUUUUGUAGAUGUAGGGCCUAAAACAAUACCUGUGUUACAUGUCAGAAGAAUGGUGUUUGGCAGAGGACCAGGGGGAUUUGUUCAGAAAUCCACUGGAUUCUUUAGCAUAAAAGAAGAAUGUUCUCAUUUAAAAAUUAUGUGCUGUGACUGUGUUUCAGAUUUCAGAACUGGAAUUAAUCUGCCUUAUGUUAUGAUACAGUGCAUUAAAGAAGAGAACAUUUUCAAAUAUUUUCUACUGUUUCUUCAUGGCACCAAUAAAUUUGAAAAGUGUUUGAGUUUUAGACUAGGCUAUGAGAUGAAGGACAGUAUAAGGGUCCUUAAUGGCCCUUUAGUUUUAUGGAGACAUGGUCAGACAUUCUUUUAUAUCUCUUCUCAAACUGGUAAAGUUGUCAGUGUGUCUAUGAACUUUUCCUCUGUUGAGUGGGCAGGGGAGAUUGAAAAUCUAGGUAUAGUUUUAUUAGGACUAAAGAGAUGUUAUUUAUCUGCAGAAGAAUGCACUCCAAAGCCUUCAAAAUCAGAUUAUGCAACUUGGAAUACCCACUUUUGUGCAUACUCUCUUGAAAGGGCAGAAGUAAUAAGUGAUACAUACAUUAUCCCUCCUGCUUAUACCAGCAUGAUAACAUUUGUGCAUGUCUAUUCAACUGAGAUUGUCAAUGACCAGUUAAGAAUGUCACUGAUUGCCCUUACUCGAAAAAAUCAGCUGAUUUCAUUCCUAAAUGGGACUCCUACAAGUGUGUGCCAGCUUCCAUUUGGAGAUCCUUGUGCAGUUCAACUUGUGGAUUCAGGUGAAGAAGGCCUCCUUUUCAUCAUAUCCUUUAGGUCCAGUGAUGCUUGUGCUGUUUGGGAAAAGAGCUUUCAGAUCGCUGCCAAGUGGGAGAAAAUUAGUUCAGUACUGAUAGAUGACUUCUUUGGAACUGGAACGGAACAAGUACUGCUACUUUUUAAGGACUCCUUGAAUUCAGAUUGCCAGAGUUCCUUUGAAAUAAUAGGCCAUGACACCUUCAACUCUUCAGGUGAAACAUUGGAUAGCAGUGAAGAUGACCUGUUUGAGGACAAAGAGGAGAAUUAUUAUUUGGUGGUCCUACCUCUGGAAAGAAGAUUGCAAGUUGGUUUCAUUUCUCUUUGGGAAUUACAGCAGCAUCUCUUGCUUAAGGAAAAAAUUAUAUCAAAAUCUUACAAGGCUUUAAUGAACCUGUUUCAAAGAAAAGAUGAUAGUACAUUAAGUGCAGAGGAGGAAUGUCUUGUUACUCUUUGUGGUGAAGAAGAAAAUCCUGUCUGUACCUUCGAUGAAAAGUUAUCAGACCAUUUUCAAGAUUUAGAACAGCUAGUAGAGAAGAUAUGGUAUCGGGUAAUAGAAGAUAGCUUGGUUGUUGGAGUGAAAGCCACAUCUUCUUUGAAGGUGUCUCUGAAUCAUGUGACUUUAUUGCUGUCAGUGGAUCAACGCCCUAACUCCACCUUUCCACUUAUUAAGUGUCAAAAUAGGAUAUUUAAGUUGACUCGGAAUUCUUCUCCAGUACUAAGCUCAGUGCCAUAUGAAGUAGGAUCAGAGGUAAAAAGAAUCAAGUUGAGUGUUGAUAGUAAAGAAGAGAAAGAGAAAAGCAUUGUUUGCGAACAACCCUUGAAGAAAGAAUAUGUGCAGAUGAUUACAGCUGUAACAGCUCUUCCGCCACUUUUAACAUUCAGUAAUUUUUGUUGCAUUGUGCUGCUACAAAUAAGAGAGAAUGGUAACUCUUCUGAAGCUCAUUAUGUUCAAUGUGGCAGAAUUUUUUUAAGUGUAGAAGAUCUUUCAAGUGGGAAAUACGUGCUGACAUUUCCAGAGAAGAAACCUAUAGAACACAUGGAAGAUCUCUUUACACUUCUUGCAACAUGGCACAGAGCUGGUUUUCAAAUCACGUCACCCAUGUUCGUUCUGACUUCAGUGAGGCUAUGGCUCUUAGAACACAUGAAGUGUGAAGUCAUCAAAGAAUUUCCAGAAAUUUGCUUUUGCAAAAGGCCAGGAAGUUUCUAUGGGACACUCUUCAAUUGGAAACAAAGAACACCAUUUGAAGGAAUUUUAGUAGUCUAUUCCAGGAAUCAAACAGUUUUGUUCCAGUGCCUUCAUGAUCUCAGCACAGUUCUCCCUGUGAACAGUUUCUUCAAAUAUCUAGAGUUAGAAAGUGAGGAUUUUCUAGUUGGUCAUUUGGCAGUAGCUUUGGAGAAGGAAUUGGUCACCCUUGGUUCUCCUUCUUCUGCCUUAGUGAAGGUUGAAACGAGCUUGGUGCAGAAUUGUGAAGUAAGCAAAGAAAAGAGUAGUGAUGAUGUGGCUGCUUUAUCAGACAUAAAGGAAAGCAUCCAUCGCUACAGAAAAGAACUUCAGAGAGAAAAGGAGCAAAUGUUGGGGACGAACUUAAAACUCAGACUGGGACCCUAGUCAUGCAGACCACUGUGAGGAAGGGGAGUAGACAGUAUUCUGGACUUCCACUUGCUCUGCUGUGCCAGCUUGCUCCUGACGUGGAGAUUCAAGACAAAGAGCUUGGCUUUAGCACAGUCUGGCUAUUGGUACCUCUGUCCAGGCAGCUGGCCCAACUACAGGCUCUUCAUCUCAUCUCUUGUUUGCAUGAGCUCUUUGGAGGCCUUCACCCUGCCACAUUCCAGGACCAAGAAUCUUGAAUAUCACGGAGAGAAGUGUGGAGUUAAUGAGACUGAAUUUUACCUUUUAUGAAAAAUUUGGAAAGAAGGACUAAAUUGAGACCACAGCAACCAUGGAAGUGUAUAUUGGUAUGGAGAAACCAUAAUAUCUAAGCGAUGUGGAAAACUGCACCAAUGGAGAAGAGCAAUCCCACCCAGUCUCCAGGUCUGCUAGACUUUGCAUUAGUAAGAACCAAUCUUUUUUGUGCUAUAUUACUGAGAAUUUUGAAAUUAUUAUUGUAGUGUAUUCUAACUUAUCCUAAUACAUCCAAGUUAAUUAGCAAGUACUCUGAGAUUCUUGAACCCCACCCCACCCCCAGUCCCGCCAAAUUUCUGGGGGUGUUGCUUCUGCCUAGGGUUUCAGGAUGUAUUGAUAUUUUACAUACGGAUUCAUUCACAUUGCUUUCUCAAAUUCCAAUUAGCAUUGAAGUCCUAGAAAGAUGUUAGUCUUUAUAAAAAUCCAGUGAGUCGGCAGUAAGCUCCAAAUGUUCUCACACAUAGUUUCUGGGACUGCAUGUGAAAGAGUAUAUUUUUUAGACUUUGAAAAAUACAUUUUUAUGUCUGAAAUGAUUGUUGUUGACAUUAAAAUAUAUCCUGAAUUGUGACAUCUCAAGCUUGAUGGCUUUUACCUACUCAUUAUAUAAAUUCCAUUAUGUAAGCUAGAAGAUAAAACCUUAUUUCGUUUACCUGAGUUUCUAUAUUAGAGAUUGUGAAAAUUCUAGGACAAUGGUAAUCAACCUCUCAUCUUCUGUUCCACACAUUUCUUUCUCUCUUUCUCCCUAAUUUGAAUCAA